UUCAAGAAAAAGACCGAGUUUCCUGGAUCAACCUGCUCUACCAAUGGAAACGGAUUCAACUGGCUUUUGUAUACCGGGCAAAAACAGUACAAUCUACAUGAAGGGUGAAGGAAUGGCCAUUGCAAGUCCGGAAUCAUACGGGGACCGUAAAAAUGAUAGCUGGUGCAACUGGAAUAUAUAUGUACCCCUUGGGAACUUCAUAAAGCUGGCAUUUUUGUCAUUUACUGGAGUCUGUCUCAUCGAAAACAAGGUCAAGGUUUAUGACAUGACAAAUUCCACAAAAAUUCUUCUCGGGGAAUUCUGCGGGUUCAAAAAGAGUAACAGCGAGGUUUUCUCCAGAGGGAACAAUUUGGUGAUCACCCUUCCGAUUUUAUCACAAGAACCAUAUGUAGGAUUUUUGGCCAUAUACCAAUCAGUCCAAGCCGUACCUGCAUCAUACGCUUGCAAUUAUGUUAAGUACAUGAAGGGUGAUGUAACAGAAUUAAACGGUACUAAUGGUGAAUUCGCUAGUUACCAAUAUCCGCUGCCCUACUCCAACGACGUCCGCUGUUCCUGGAAGAUAGAAGUCCCGGUUGGUUUUAUUGUAAAUGUGACUUUCCAUGUAUUUGAUUUACAAGAAUCUCCCAACUGUAAGUCAGACUUUGUUGAGAUAAAACAGGGAUUGUUUCAUUCGGUGGGACGAUUUUGUGGUUUUGUGGCAUCCGAGGUGAUUCAGGUGAAGAACCGCGUGGUUUACGUGGAUUUUGUUACAGACAGCUCUGAAAGAUACCCAGGAUUCCAUGCAAGCUACACAGCAGUCCCCGAUCCGGCCAUGGGACCCUGUAAAACUCAAGGAAUAGACAACGUUAUUCCCCUGACUGGAAAAGCUGGAAGACUAUUUUCGCCCCUAUAUCCAGAGAAAUUUCCACAAGAUAUGGAGUGUACUUGGAUUAUAACAGUUCCGGAAGGACGAUUCGUGAGGUUGAGUAUAACAUCCUUUGAUUUAGGAAAUGAGUGUAAAAACACUCUCGAGAUUCGUGAUGGCCAGAACUCAUUGAGUCCAUUGCUGGGGAAUUUCUGCUCUGUAUCCUUUGAUCCCUCAGUGUUUUCCAGUGGUCGCUAUCUUUGGGUUCGAUUUCAGUCGGAAAAACGGGCAGAUAAACCUCCAUAUGCCACUGGAUUCAAAGCCUUCUACGAAACAGUCAGCCAGUUGCCAGCAUCGUUCUCCUGCACCGCGCAAAACUCAGAUCACGGCAUUGAGUUGAAGUCAGAAACUGGACUCCUGGCCAGCUACAAUUACCCUUUGCCUGUUGACGAUAGUGUUGUAUGCACCUGGUAUAUCCUCGUAAACACUGAUUUAAGGAUCAGACUAUCAUUUGACUUCUUCAAUCUGAGUCAAGCGAAUGACUGUUCGGAAGACUACGUAAAGGUACUGGAUGGGAAUUCCACACACAGUAACCAAUUAGGAAGGUACUGUGGAGAAGAAAAACCCCCCACGAUAACCUCGACUACUUCAAACUUAUACGUGAUUUUUCGGUCCAGUAGAAAUGCAAAAUAUCCUGGAUUCAAGGCCAGCUACAAAACAGAGGACUCGAAGACUAUAGGGAGAUGCGAAAUUCAAGGAAAAGAUAACAAUAUUCCCUUGACUGGCACUAAAGGAAGACUAUUUACGUCGCUAUAUCCACAGACAGUUCCAACAGACAUGAAGUGUACUUGGAUUAUAACGGUACCAGAAGGACGCUUUGUUUGGUUAAGGAUAGUGGUUUUUUUCCUGAAAAGUGAUUGUGCUAAGACUACCCUAGAAAUUCGUGACGGUCAGAGUUCUUCCAGUGAAUUACUUAAGACUUUCUGUGGAAGUUCGUUUGAGUCCUCGGUGUUUUCCAGUGGUCGCUACCUCUGGGUUCGUUUUCAAUCCGCAAAAGAUGACUCCCUGAAAGGAACUGGAUUUGAUGCUUCCUUUGAGAUGAUCAGCCAAACACCAGCUCCCUUUUCCUGCACCGCGCACGACCAAAAGUUCUUGUUAACGUCCAAGACUGGAACAUUGGCCAGUUAUAACUACCCUCUACCAUGUGACGACUCUGUCGAGUGCAUCUGGCACGUGAACGUCAAUUCAAAUUCCAAAAUUAAGCUGACCUUCCAAUUAUUCAAUCUGUCCCAAGCGAAGAAUUGUACUGAGGACUAUGUAGAGGUGCGAGAUGGACCAUCCAACACAAGCGACCUCAUAGGGAGGUAUUGCGGACCAGCAAAACCCUCGGCGGUAACUGCGGGUGGCUGGCACUUGCACGUGGCUUUUAAAUCGAGUGGAAAGACGAAAUAUCCUGGAUUCAAGGCCAGCUACGAAACGACAAAAAUAAAAUCGUCGCUGAGUAGUGCAAAGAUCGUUGCGAUUUGUCUUGGGGUGUUCGUUUUCCUGUGUAUCGCAAUUGGAUGUUCUCUAACUUUUUACAAGAAAAGACGAAACAAAGCUUGGCCCUCCCUCGUCGUGGAAUAUUCUGACAACUCCGGCUGUGUCAUGGAGAACCUAAGGAAAUAAAACCCACUGGCCUUGGACAUUAUAAUUUAUCUUCUUUUAGCAGUUAUUCCUAGUGGAGUCAUCGGAAAUAACACAAGUUCUGAGAAAAAUUCUCGUGCAUUCAUCCCGUUUCAAAUAACUACAGAUACUUAACCAGUUGUAAAUAUGUAAAAUACCAAACUGAAGGAUUUUGCUUACGUACUGUUAAUUUCCUUGUCUUGUUCAAUGUUUAUUGGCGUAGCACCACAACUAAUGUUACUGUGGUAACAAACCUGACAAAUCCGAUUCCAGGAAACGUAUAAAAGUAAUCUCAGAGACAGCCUUGUUUAUCCUGGUGUCUUUUUCAAGUCCUCAGCAAUGAAUGGCUUCAUUGAAUUUACCCUGUUACCCUCCAGAGUACUAAGCAUCCAAGAUCUUAUAAAAGUAUCACCCUUUAAUCAAACAGGAAGGGUAAAGGUCACGAACUAGAGAAGUUCUUGAUUGUUCAACAAAUUCUCCUUAUCAGCCAGCGCCAUUGGAAAUAAAUGGAGAACAUUCUGGAGACUAUGCAAACUGAUGAAGGGUGUUAAGGGUCGAGUUGGCAUCAUUUUUCGUUUCCUUUAAAACGAUUGGUUAAUUUUGUUUAGUAGAGAUGUUUGUAUUAGUUUUGGUCACCAGAACC